CUUCAAUUUGAGCCCGGACCAAAGCACAUUCGCCCUACCCCAGUUCAGUAUUUUAAACACGGUCAUUGCUGACGCAUGUCCGGAAAAGUUGCAGUGCCCCAGACUGAAGUACAGGUCAAUCGACGGCGUUUGUAACAAUCUAGUCAAUGGUCACUGGGGAAGAGUUGGAACCGCUUACCAAAGAGUCUUACCGCCAAAAUAUACCGAUGGGAUCACCUCGCCAAGAUCUAACGGCGUCGAUGGCCGAGAAUUGCCCAGUGCCAGACUGGUGAGCUCAAUAGUGGCUCAAGAUGCGGACGUACCAGACGCCAACCACACGCUCAUGGUUAUGCAGUGGGGUCAGUUCCUGGACCAUGAUCUCACGCAUACCCCCAUCAGUCGAG